CUUACUCCCCGGCAGUUUCUCUGCUUUGCUUACGACUUCUCGAGCCAUCUUUUUCUGUACUCCUUCUGCUUGUGAAAACUCUUCGAAAUGGGUGGUGCAGGAUGGCUGUUUUUGUUCGCGGUGCUGAUGGCGGCUGGCUUGCUCUUUACCAUGGUCUUUUUCAUCAUCAUGUUCUCGGAUCUCGAAUGCGACUACAUCAAUCCCAUAGACCUUUGUAACAAACUGAAUCAAUUUGUUCUUCCGGAAAAUAUCGCGCACGCAUUCCUCACAACACUCUUCCUCCUCUCGGGUCAAUGGAUCGCCUUUCUCCUGAACGCGCCGCUACUGGUAUUCAACGCGAAUAAGAUCAAGAACAAAAACCACAUGUACGACGCGACCGAAAUCUUCAGGACACUAUCAGUGCAUAAGAAGGAGAGCUUUAUCAAACUUGGCUUCUACCUUCUUUCCUUCUUCUACUACCUCUACCGGAUGAUUGUUGCGCUUAUCUCGGAGAGCGAAUAAUUGACGAAGACGAAUGCACGUAUCUCAUGAAGUGGACCGAACCGAAGCAAUUAUCCUUCGGCACUAAUCGCCGUCCUGGAGUCUAGGUGCUGCUAGUAGAAUACAGCAAUCUCACGAUGUUUGAUGUAAGUAGACGAAUAUGGAUGAUAGCUCGGUAAUUUCUCUCAAUGCGGUCAAUCGGGUUUCGGGUUCAUGUAUGGUGUGUGUAUCUCCUUUGUCGCUCAAUGGACUCGUCGUGCGAAAGUGUGCGAUAUCCCC